UGAAUUACCACAGAGAGGAAGAGUGUGGGACUAGAAGCGAGAGAAAGUGGAGAGCCAGACCAAGAUAACCGACUGUCUAAGGGAGUGGACCUGUGUUUGUGGAGAUUAUGAGGAACUGUCUGUCCGCCGUUUGGUUUUUUUGCUGCUACCAAGGCUGACACAAGGCCCCUGUUGUUACGUCUGCAUGCUCAACUCUUCUCUGAGGAAACCGAAAAAAGACCCAGCACAAACACAUGAGAGAGUUCUGAAGGAAUGUUUAAAUGGUGACACCGUCACCAGACUUUUUGUCCAACCGUGGAUUUAGCCUCUUAGCCUCAUUGCUAAUGAAGCACUUGAUGGUCUCUUCUUUUGACUCGUCGUCAGAGAGGCUCCAGUGAUGGCCUGAACAUGAACCACUACGCCAACAAGAAGAGCGCGGCGGAGAGCAUGCUGGACGUGGCGCUGCUGAUGGCCAACGCCUCCCAGCUGAAGGCCGUCCUCGACCAGGGCCCCGGCUUCACCUACUACACCCCCCUCAUCGCCCUCAUCAGCAUCUCCCUCAUCCUGCAGGUCUUUGUGGGCGUGCUCCUCAUCUUCAUUGUCAAGUGGAAUCUUAACGAUACGAGCAAGCACUACAAGCUCAACGUGCUGGAGAACAUCACCACGGCAAUGGUCUUCAUCGUAGUGGUCAUCAACAUCUUCAUAACGGCCUUUGGUGUCCAGCGGCCUGCCACCAGUGCAUGAGGCAUGGCCCGAGGCCCGUCUAUGAAUAGGAAAAACUGAAACAAACCCAAAGCUAUAAACGGACAGAAUGAAGGACACUUACUGAACAUUUUGUAGACCAAAGACGCACAGCAAAAACUCAUCGAUGCAUUGAGGAGCCUUUGAGACCCCUGUCCCAUCUCGCAUCAUAGCCAUUACUUGGACACUGUAACUCCUGUCACUUACCAACCCCACCCUCUGUAUGCAUGAGAUUAUACACAUUUUAAGGAAAAUAUUUAUUUUCUAUCGGAGAUAUGAAGUUUUUUUUUUAAUGUUGCCUUCUUUUUAUGUAUGUAGUUUUAUUUUGACUCUAUUACUGCCUAAACUGGUGCCGUUACCUUAAGUACAUUUGUGCUUGUGUUUGCUGGAAAGAUUUAGCCUACAGUAUGCAUGGUGUGCACGAGUGUUUGCUGGGAAGAUGUAGCCUACUGUGUGCAUGGUGUGCACGAGUGUUUGCUGGAGAGAUUUAGCCUACAGUAUGCAUGGUGUACAUGAGUGUUUGCUGGGAAGAUGUAGCCUACUGUGUACAUGGUGUGUAGGUCUACUGUACUUGUCUAGCUGACUGUGUGAAUAUGUUGCUUCAAGGUUUAUACCAAAAUCACAGUUUGUUAAUUUUUUUCUUAUUAUAGUCCUACCUGUCCAUUCUGAGUGUGUACUUCUGCACUUUUAAGACAGUAUGCCCGUCGGUACAUGCAAGUAAACCGUUUAGCUAUUUAAACUAUUUGAUUUCAGUUAGCAAAACAGGCCACCGGCAGGAAAAUCAUGCAGUCAUAUUUUUUUUACUUUCUCAAGUCUGUUGUAGUAUUUUAAAUAUUUUAAUCUCUGUAUAGUUAUUUUUUUACUAUGGACCAAAUUAUUCAGCUUCCCUAUUAUGUUUGUGAAAUUCUUUUUGUAUGACUAUUUAACCUGGUUAAAACAGUUUGUAAAAAAAUCAUGUUCAAAACUUUAUGU